AUGUAUGCCAAAGGGAAAGGCUCCACAGUGCCGUCUGACGCUCAGGCAAGAGAAAAAUUAGCAUUAUAUGUGUAUGAAUAUUUGUUACACGUCGGAGCCCAGAAAAGUGCACAGACGUUUUUAUCAGAGGGUUUUGUAAAUUCAGGUGUAAAUGGUAUCGCAUAUAAUGCAGCAGCGCCAAGUCCACUGGGUCAAAUGCCACCUCAAGAUGGGAUGCCAGGAGGUCCGAUGCCAGGUUUCUUUACUCCGCCAGCAUCACAGCCGUCCCCCCACCCGCAGCCUCACACUCCCAUGAUGGGACAGAACCAAAAAAAGUUGGUCCCUCCUCUGUCUUUUUCUUCCUCUCACACAUUUACACACUUUCAUAUAAAUUAUUCGUCAGCAUCACCAGGAAGUUAUAAUUUUCCACCAAUGGGAGGACCAGACGGAGGGAUGCCUAUGGGACCUGACAUGCCUGCAGUGAUGAACGGAGAGAUGGAUGGUAUGAAGAGUUCACCACCAAAUGGUCCAGGCACACCUCGAGAAAAUUUACCCCCUGAUAGUACUGGUGAAAUUGGAGGAUACAGUCUUGGCUAUCAGGAAAACAUUUUGAUUGAGGGCAAAUUGAUUUUAUCCUUGAAAGUAUUAUUUUUCUGUACUUCUUUCUUUCUCCUUUUCUUGCUCAUUGUACUCCUUUCCCAAAUUUUCUCAUGGAUGAUGAUGAUGAUUGGAAAUCUAUCUCUUUUUUUUUUUCUUUUUUUUUCCUCUCUUUUUCUCUCUCUCUCUCUCUUUCUCUGUCUGUCUGUCUGUCUUAGAUGA